AGUUCAGUCUUUCUCGGAUUUUUCAUUGACUGUAGACUCGUCACAAUGAGCGGCACAUAUACUCUUGUGCUGUGGGGGCACCUUUUAUGUACGGCUCUGAUUUUAAAGUUGAUUAACUUUAUUUUCCCGUCCUUGACAAUAUUCAUAUGUUCGUGCGUUUCUUCUUACAUUUUAUGGAUAUGUUUUGCUGCUCUCACAUUUCAAUUCACGAAAGGAAAAUUCUUAAACGAGCGAGUUGAAGCUGGAAAUAAAGCUGUUCUCAUAACAGGAUGCGAUUCAGGAUUCGGAAAUAUGCUCGCCAAGCGCCUUGAUUCGAAGGGGUUUCAUGUAUUCGCUUCAUGUUUGAACACGGAAAGUGAAGGUGCAUCGAAACUAAAGGCAAAAUGUUCCAACCGCCUGCAUAUAUUACCUCUGGACGUCACAAAGAACGAAAGUGUGGAGAAAGCUGUUGAAUACGUGAAAGCAAACCUUGGUUCAUCUGAAUUAUGGGCCAUUGUCAACAAUGCCGGAAUUUUCAAAGGACUUUCUGUGGAGAUGUGUACGCUGGACGACUUUAAAGAUGUGUACGAUGUCAACCUGAUGGGGGUGGUAAGAGUCACCAAAGCAUUUCUCCCUCUACUCAAGAAAUCAAAGGGAAGGAUCGUGAACGUUACGAGCCAUGGGGGUAAAGUUGCUCUCCCGUUUUUCGCAGCUUACUUAUCUAGUAAAUUUGCCGCAAUUGGUCUAACUGACUGUUUGAGGCAUGAAGUCGGUAUGGAAGGAAUUUCUGUGGUGUCCAUUGAACCAGAAAUAUUUUACACCCCAAUCAUAUAUGAAAGCACUAAAGAUCAGCUGAAUUCGAUGGGAAGCCAAGGCAGUUCAAUCGAAGAUGACCACGGCGAAGACUUCAAAAAAUCAUUGAAAGAUCUUGGAAACGUCUUUAUGUCUUUUGCAAGUCGUGACACAAGCAUUGUUAUUGAUGACUUAGAAGCAGCAAUCAGUUUGGUACACCCAGAUCAUACCUAUAAGCCAAGAAGGAAUGCACUCUGCCGCUUCUUAUGUUUCUGUCACGAAAAGAUGCCAAAAAGUUUUAAAAUCUUAUUUUUUAAAAUAGUUUUAUUUAUUUUCUUCUCAGACUCUAAAAUACUUAAAAAUAUAGUCAUGAAAAUAAUAUCUAUAAUAUUAAAAUAAUCUUUUCAGAGGAUAAACUACUAAUAUAUUAGAAACAAAAACAGACAUCUUUUUUUCGUAACAUUUUUAACAGAGCGAGAAUAAGACAUGUAGGGACUCUUAGAAAUGCAAACCUCGAGGCCCCCUUUUCUCCCUCCAGCUGCUAAAAGCAAGAAUUUUUUUAGUUGAUUUUAAUUUCAAUUUCUAUCUAUGCAGUUUGAAGAAGGAAGAGUUUAUAUACUGAUACAUAUUUAUUUAAUUUCAGGGAAUUUCUAAAGUAAAAAAACAGUUGUAAAAAGUAUUUAAUUAAGAUUAUUUUGCGAAUAAUGCUACAAACUUUAAAGAAAUAUUAAAAAGAUUGUAUUUUAAUUUUAUUUCAACAAGUUCGAGUGUAUGGCCUUUGUAAAUUGAGUGGAAACAUUAUAUUAAAUUGCUACAAAAACGCCAUAAAAAAUCUAGAGACCUCAGGAUCCAAGAACAUAGGCAGCUGCAUACUUAGCCUAUUUUUUAAGUCGACAAUAGAUUUAAAAUGAAAAUAACUAAUAUGGGGUUUUCCUUUUUUUCUAUUUUUUUUCUCGAAAUCUAAAAUGUUUCAAAAAUUUUGUGAUGCAAAUCUAUAUACUAAGUACUAAUAAAAUUUAAUCAGAAAAUAUCAAUUAUCUUAUGAAAAUAAAAUCUAAUUACCUGAUGUCAUUUUUUUCCUAUUUACAAAUUAAAAGCACCUGUCAUGGUUACUCAAAGUCUGUUGCAUUUUUCUUUCUGCAACGUCUCAAAUGCGAUACUCACAAAACUAAGCAGUUAUUUAAUAAUUACAUAUGCAGUUAUACAUAGCAAUUGCUUUUUCAUUAAACAAGGACAACUGAAAAGUGGAAGGCAACUCAAAGAAAAUUGUCCAACUAUUAAAGGGAGAUGCGAACUCAGUUUUCGUAAGUAACAAGAACAUAACGGUGGGAGAGAACAAAAGUGUAUUCAGUUGGACAAGAUUGGCACAUAUAGACUGUUCGGUAGGAAGGAUCAUUCAAGAUUGCCAGAACACAUUGGCAGCAAUGAGAUAUGGUUAGAAUCCUGCAGUUCUAGUAAGUUCUUCUACGAGUUCUUGCUCCAUAGCAACUUAGGCUCAAAAGGAGUUGUGGAAGGCAUUGAACAGUCAGCCAGGUGUCUUCCUAGUGUGUAAUCGAACUGACUUGUGAUUUACUUUUCUGAUUUACAAGUUUAAUCAGAAGGAAUCGAGUGCUUCAUUCAUUUAUCUCUUCACACUGAAUUUGAAAUAUCCUCUCAUCUGUGUGAGCAGUGUCAUUUGCAAUGAUCCUUUGCCAUACUCUGUGAUAUGCAUUUGUUAAAAUAGGAAUUCAAAAACUUGAUUUCAUUAUACAGUGGCAGUGAAUGUCUCAACUAUUUUCAAAUUGUAUACCAACCAAUUGCUAUAAAUAAAUAUCAGUAAAAAACUGCAAA